UGUUGGCGGCGGCGGUGAGGUUAGUAGGAGUCAGGCGCCGCUCACGGAUGGUUCUCGAGCCAGAGCAUCGUGCCAGCAUGAGGAGGCAGGCACAACCCUACAGGUCCCGGAGCCUCAGUCCCCGAGCUCCGUACCUCUGGCAAGACAGGGAGGUGGACGUGCCAUCCGUCGAGAGGAGGUCACGGAAGGGCUGGUACCGCGUGGACUACGGUCCCGAGAAGUCCGAUGAGGUGCUGUACCUGCCCUCCUUCAAGGACAGGAUGAACUUCCUCGAGAGGUCCGUGAAUCGCGCCACCAGCGAGCCACGCAUAAGGGCGACGUCCGUGCCUCCUCUCACCGUGGACGUGCGCCGCACCAAGGCCCUCUCCAUUGACCCCAUCGUCCGCGACCCCUACCGCUGGAGGACGUGGCCCUUCUACUACCACAACUACCGCCGGCCGUACAGCAACUACUACGACAUGUACUGGCCCACCCUCGGCCCCUACUCAGGACGCAUCUGGCGGCUGCCCUGGUACCGCUACCCAAGCUCCCCCCUGACCACGUCGACUGCAUGGAGAUACGUCUCGUCGCCCUACUCGUCCUACUCCGCCACCACCACGAUCGGGCCCGACUGUACAGAGGUGAUGGAGGAGCGCCGAAGCCUCUCCCCCCCGCCCGUGCACUACCGCCCCCCGGCCUCCACGCAGCUCAUCCUCAACCGAGUGGCGUUGGGCCGAUCGUCCGUCCCACCGCGGAGUUACCCACCCGCCCGGUACACCCCUCGCUACUACCCCUCCUACCUCGACUACGACUAUGGCUACGGCGGCUACUACUACCCCCCCUACUACCCCAGGAUGAGCCGCUACGACUACCUGGAUGACCUGGAUUCCCCGUACCUGUCGUCCUCCUACCGCCCACGCGCCCUCGACCUCGACACAGACUACCGCGAGAAGAAGACCACCACACCGUCGAGGGUCAUCACCACGUACAGAACCUAUACCCCCGGCGCAGCACUCUCCACCGCCUCCACGACUACCACCACCACGCCGCGCACAAGGUUCGAGGACGAGGAGGACAGCAAGGACCUGGUGCCCAAGUUGGAUCACCGGCCGUCCUCGAGGGUGCGGUCACACGCCUACUCCCGAGUGGAGGACCUAAAGGGUGAGAGUGAGGCGGACAAACGUCUCGCCCAACUGGAGCGUCGUUAUCCCAAGCUUUCUGAACCACAGAUGCUCCAGGACCACGUCGAAAACAUGCGAUUCCGCCUCAAGUCGCUCGCCCACUCCCUGGACCCCACCGGACCCGUGCCUGAGAUCGUCAUCCCCGAGCGAUCCACCACCACCAAGAAGUCGACCGCCGUUGCCCUGCCCGAGGAAAAGAAGUCAUACUCCUCCUCUGGGCCGAAGCAUCUGGCCUGCGUCGAUUAUGCUGGCGGCCAACCGAGGUGGAAGCGCCGCGCGAUGGCUCGUUACCCGCCGGAAGACCACGAACACUUGGUGGCUCUGUGCAGGGCGGAUCACGCGGAGACCGAGAGAGACCCCGUGAAAGAAAAAGAGAAACUGAUCUUGAAGGACCGCCUCUCCAACCGCAUCCAUCAGUUCUUCAACACGACCCUUGGAGCCGAGCAGUUCGACAAAUACCUCAAGACGUACCGGGAGCCCGUGCCGAUGCGGACCACCACCAAUUACUGGAAGCCAAAACAAUACAUUCCUACAGAGCCUUUGUCGGUGAUGCCAGAGACCUCGUACCGCUCCUCCAAGUUCUCGGCCAGCAAGUGGGAGGAGCCCGACACUGUCUUCGGCGGCCCCUCGGACAAGAAGCCGUACUCCAAGGUAGAGACUGGUUCUUCAUUCUUCUCUACCUAUGGUUACACCAACCGAAAGAAGGAUUAUGUGGCUGAGAAGGUGCGUGAUUAUUACUACUUCGGGGACAGCGAAAAGGACUCAGGACGGGUGCGGUUCGACAGCAGCGCCCGCAAGGCCAUCACUGACGGCACCAGCGAAGAGGUCAGCGAAGAGAAGAAGGAGCGCAGGAAGAAGAAGAAGUCCAAGGAGCGUGACGUGCCUGAGGCCUCCACUGACGCUGCCUCGGCGUCCGCCACCGCCGCCGCCGACCACUCCACCUCAGAGGCGGACCCUGUCUCUGCCACGACCGACGAGGCCGGCACCGGCGACGCCGCCGAGGACGAGAAGGAGCGUAAGAGGCAGGAGAAGAAGAAGAGGAAGGCCGAGCGCGAGGCAGCUGCCAAGGCCGCCAUGGAGGCCGAGUUGGCCGCACUUGCUGCCGCCGAGGCCGAGCUGGCUCGUCUGGAGGCCGAGAGCAACAAAAAGGAGGCCCCCGCCCCCGCCCCCGCCCCCGCCGAGGCUGCCCCUGCCGAGGCCGCCCCCGCUGAGGUGAAAAGAACAGACGCGAUCCCGGAGCCGGCCACCAGCACAGCCGAGGAGGCCAGGCUGGGGGCGCAGGAGGACACCGAGGCAGCAGCCGAGUACACCGCCACCACCACCGACGCCGCUGACACCACCACCCACGACCCAGAAACCGCCGCAGUCGCCGACAUCGCCGCUCACACAGAGGCUGACGAUCAUGCUGACGCUCCCCCGCCCGCCAGGUUCGACGAGGAGGCUGAAUAAGUGCUGUUCCCAUCACCACCACUAUCACCACCACCACCACCACCACAGCCUUGCCACACCGUCAGCCUCCCCUCUGCUUUCACGGCUGAACUCUCUGCUUUGUGUACUGGAUGAGUGUUUUAGCUGCUGGCAAUGUCUCCUUUACUACCUGGGGGCGUGUGUAGCGCUCCUCUGUACGGUGCUUGUAGCCUUGUCAACACUUCCAAAACUCUCACACCCAGGGACAGUUCAUAUAGCUCUCCUGUACAUCACGAGUUCUCAUAACAUCAACACCAUAUAUUAUACAUUCAGCAUCGCAAGAACUCCAAGACCCAAACAUCUGAGGAGCUGCCAAAGGUCUGCUCUGCGUUACAUCUGCGAGUCUUGUAACAUUAAACGUCCCUGGUUACAAAAUCCUAUACAUAUUUAAUUGAAAAACUUAAAAAAACUUUAAUAGAGAAGUCAUACCGUGUGGCAUUGCUCAAAAUAGAUCGUGAAACAUAUUAAAAAGGCUGAUAGAGGGGUCAAAAUAUAUUAUAAUAGGUCGAAAUAAUAGGUCGUGACGCUAAAGGCAUUCACCACAAAGCUAGAAACGAUGGGGAAUGAAAAUGUCUUACUCUUCUCCUAAUAUGAAGUCACAAAGCUAAAAAUACUGAUCACAAAGCUAUAAAAGAUAUGGGAAUAAAAAUGUGUUACCUUCCUCCUAAUAAAAAGUCACGAAGCUUAAGUGUUGAUCGCAAAGCUAGAAAUAUCGAUCGCCAAACCCCAACGCGUUACACUCUAGGCCUGCGAGGCGACACCCGUUUGUAUGUAUUAUAAUAGGCUUUCUGUCGUCGGAUUCUGGAGUGGUUGUGUGACGUCCUUGGUCUCGGCUCCUCGGCUCCUCCACCCUUCAGGCCGCCCCAACCGACCUAACGCCCGCGGGAAUGCUAGACCGCCGGGACGCGUCUGAAGGGGAGAGCGGCGAGGAGAACUGAGUGCGUCCGUGUCUUUGCUAGUUACUUUGUUUAUCUCCUGAGUAGUGAGUGGAGGAACGACACACCGAACGGCAACUGUAGGUCAAGUAAUUAAAUGAACAUCCAGAACGGCAAAAGGUCACAGUAAAUGAUCAAAUGAAACUCUAGCAAGGCGAAGGGAUUUAAAUAGUUAAUUGAAUGCUAAGAACGGCAACAACAACAACUAUAUCGUCAACUGUGAAUGAAAAUGCAAUAAGAUAAUCAUGAUACUCAAAUAAAUGUCUAGAGCAGGAACAAUAAAGUCAAAUGAAUGUUUAGAGCAGCCAUAACAAGAAUGAAAGUCAACGCUGAUAAGACAUAAUACAUAAUAGCUACACAUAACAGUCGUUUUUUGCGGUCAGGGAGAUACCAAAGGGAUGAAUAUAAGAUUAUUCCUCAAAUACAAGAAAACGCUCCCAUAAUCUUAAGCGAAAAAGACAUAAUACACACACAUUGGUCGUUUUUAUGCUUACGGAGCUGUACAGACCAAGGGAUGAACACAAAAUUAUCCCUCAGACACAACAAUCUGCUCCAAUAAUAUUAAGCGGAAAGAGCUGCCCGUAAUGUAGGUCUAGCCAAGAGGUGCCGUUCGUGUGCCGUGUGUGUGGGGUGUGUCGCUGGGUCCUCAGCCUCCUCCUCCUCCUCCUGCCCCUUCCCCCUCGUCACCACCGCCCCCAGCCUGCCAGUCGUCGGCCAGGCGUCAAGGGCCACGGAAGGGGUGAUGCUCGACCCGCCAGCCUCACUCAGCUGUUGUAUGAUCCUUCCUCUCCCUCCGUGGGUCGGAAACGAAACACACGAACACACACACACAAUCAUCUUCGUACACAUACACUGCAAGACAAUUCACAAGCAAGCAACUAAGCCCACACAAACGAAAACACAGCAACCUUCCCUACACAUACACACACGCACAUACACACACAUAAACUAUCCAUUAUGAUGUUGAACAAGCUCCUAAGAGAAAAAUUCAAACUGGGCUUGUGUGAAAUCUACUCCAAAACCUAGUCCGGCACAUGUUAUAAAAGCAGGGAAAAAAUACAUAAUAAUCUGGAAUCUUGGCCUGUCGGAAUCUUUUUUUCUUAUGCACCCUCCUCGAGAGUUACUAUUAUAAUGUCUUGUUCACAAUAAAGAUUAUAACCACACUGAAAAAA